AUGGCCGGAGAUAUUGAUCUUGAGGUUGACCACCAAGACCAUGGUUACCAUCGAUCUGGCCGCCUGCCGGACCCAUCAAGCCUAAUCUCUAACCCGGUGGAUGAUUUGUGUCAACUAGUCCUCGCCUCUAUUACGGCCACGAAUCAAUCUUUACAGUUGUAUCUGUGUGGGAGAGCACUGAGUUACGACCAAGUCACGGGACCGUCAGAUUUGAUGGGAAGUCAGACUGCUACGCUUGAGCAAUUCUUAACAAACGUGCCGGGCCUCCCCAAAUGGACUUUGAAUCAGCGAAUGGCGCUCUCGUUCAACAUCAUCGCUUGUCCAACUAAAAUCCGCUCACGAAGAAGUCGAUAUGUUUUGCCGUUCCGCAUCAGCAAGAAGCCGGUCAAUCGGAUGUCCAAGUUCCACAGCCAUUUAUCAGGCAUAUAUUCUCUGGAUGCACGGACCAGGUUGCGGGAUGCACCCCAGGCCCAAGGCACUGCCUCCUAG